AGCAUUUCUCUUGUGCCCCGCCGGGAAAAAGAAGGCGGCGGCGACUUUUCACCCUAACGCGCCUGGGCCGGCGCCCGCAUGAUUUGGCCAUGCUGCCACUGCCGGUGCUGCUGCGGGCAGCGUCCCGGGGCAAGGUGAUCUUUGCGGAAGAUGAGGAGCUGAACACCGACAACGAGCAGGAGUUGCUGCGGAAAGGCUGCGAGGAGAUCAACACCGACAACGAGGAGCAGCUCCUGCAGCGCAGCUUCCGCCUUCGGCCGCCCCUUCCCCGAACGUCCGCGGCGGCCGCGUCCGCGGCGCCCGCGGCGUCCGCUCCGGCCGCGUCGUCGCCGGCGUCCCUGGCGCGCCCGGGUCUGGCGGAGUUGGUGUCCUUUGCGGAGGAGUUGGACCAGAGCGAGCCCAGCGCGCCCAGCUCGCGCGCCUCCGACGCGGCGGCGGAGGCCAGCGCGGAGGAGGGCGAGGCCUCCACGCCGCGGAACUCCACGCCGCAGGCAGGAUCGCGACCAGAGCCAGUUGGCUGGCUUUCUGCGAGGCACGAAGAUGGCUGGCAGCCAGCCAGUUGCCAGCAGAGUGGCUGGAGCGUUCGGGAGAGCAGAUGGCGGCAGAGUGGAUGGCAAAAUCGCUGGCACCCGGCCAGCGUUGGCCAAGACCCCGUGCAGCAGCAGCAACAGCAGCAGCAACAGGAGCAGCAGCAACAGCAGCAGCAACAGGAGCAGCAGCGGCAGCAGCAGCAGCCGCCUGUGCACCAAGAGCCAGCUAGUUGGCGGCAUUUGGCCACUUACAAGGAGCCAGAUGCCUGGCCACGGGUUAGCAUGCAGCACUGGCAAGCGGACUCGGACUCAGAGAACGGUGCGGCCGCUGAUGCCUGGCAGCCGCUUGCUCGUCAGGAGCUCGGAUGGGACGCGCAAGCGCCAGCCAAUGCGCAACUGGCGGAUCUACACCAGCGGCGUGCUACUUGGGCUGGCGCAAACCAUGCGGGACAAGAUGUUUGGCCUGUCCAGCCGGCUCAACGACAGGAAGCCCAGGAGGUCGGGCGGAUGCGGCCCUUGCCCUUGGAUCCCGCGCCUGGGAGCCCGAGCCGCUUCACGCUGCCUGAGGUGCCCGCGGCCUCCGCGUCGCCCCGCAGACCGAAGACGAGCUCCUCGGCGCUGCCGGGCCUGGCGUCCCCCGGGCUCAACGGCUCCGUGCCCAGCGCUCGCGCAAAACGCGACGAGCCCGAAGAGCGGUCCCCGCCGUCGGCGCGGUCCCCGUGCCGAAGCUCACUGCUCUCGGAGCCCACAAGCCCUUUGGCCGAAGUCGCUGAGCCGCCCGCGCUGGCGCAAGCGGCCGCGGCCGCGGCGUGGGCGCUCAGCCCGCGCAAUUCCGGGCUGAGCCCAGUGCAGGCCAGCUUUACGACAGGAAGCUCCUCCGUUUCCUCCGCCCAAUGCAGCCUGCGCCGGGCGGAGUGCCGCUUCACCCGCGAGCGAGAGACGGGGUGGUUCUGCGGGGUGGACUUCGGCGCUGUGGACUUUGAAUGCGAGGCCCUUGAGGUGUCCUCACGGGAGCGGAGCAUUUUGUGCCAAAUCUUCGAGGACGUGGACAGCUGCGUCGCCGACUUCCGCUCGCCGUGCCGCCGCGACCGCGAGAAGGCCUCGGAGGACCUGCCGGCACUUUUCGCCAAGCUCUGCAGCCAGCUGCGGAUCUAUCACUUCCAGCUGCGGGAGAAGAGAUGUGUGGAGACCUUGGACGGCUCCGCGAUCAUCAUGGAGCUCCUCAGCCGCGUGGUGGAGGUCCUGGACGCCUUGGCCCCCGGCGGAGUGGAGAGCUGCCCCUACGUGCGAGAUCUGGUGUGCGACGCGCUGAAUGAGGCCCUUGGACCACGAGGAGUCUUCCCCCUCUGCGUGUCCUACCUCAACGCCAGCCCCUUGGAGGACGCCGGGGACUUCUACUUGGAGCUCUCCUUCCACGCGCUCAUGGCGCUGCUGCUGGCGCUCUUGUGGGACACGCCCUCGCGGGUCACCGAGACCCCAGAGAAGACCAUCAUCGAAGCCGAAGGCUUUCAGGCGGUGUUCACCUUGGCCACCGAUCUGGUGGCAGGCUUUGAGAACCAGGAGCCCUGGGAAGAGCUGGGCCUGGAGCGGCUCUUUCUGGCGCUCCACAUCUUGCGCUUAGGUCUGCGAUCCACGGAGGCCAUGGACCCCGUCUGUCGUGUGGAGUUCGAGAAUGAGGAGGAAUCGGAGGAGGAUACGCCGGCGGUGGCGCAGCUCGCGCGGAGGGCCCUCCAGGUCUUGUCGCAGCCGGCGGCUCCGGAGCAGCGCACCGUGGUGCUGCACGCGCUGCCCGCGGCGGUGAGGCUCCUCGGAGCGCUGCUGCAGGUGCCGCCUCUGGCGCGGUCCUUGGACUUCUUCGAGCUGAGCGGCGCCUUGCACCGCGCCCUGCAGCGCCGGCCCCUGACGCUGGCGCUCACCGCGGCCUUUCGGGAGAUGGUCUUGCGGGACAGGCCAAGGCGAUGGUUCAGCAUGGGCCCAGAGGCGAAGCAGGUCCGGAGGGACUUCUUCAACAGCUUAGAUAGCGAGAACGUGCUGAACGAGCUCGCUGCUGCCGCCACGGAGCGAGUGGAGCACUUGCUUCGACUGCUGCAGGAGAAGCGGACUGGGCCCGGGGCGAGCUAUGAGCCCUGCCGGCAGGGGAUGAAGGACAUGGCAGUGCAGAGCCUGGAGGAAGCAGUGGAAAUUGGCAGCUACUUCGACAACGUGGAGGCCACGGUGGUGGCCGUUUACGGCAAGGCCUCUGUGGUGGAGGAGAUGGCCGGGCUCAAAGAGCUCCGUGAAUCCCUUCCUGACCGGCCGGCGGUGUCCUCCUUGGAACAGAUGCGUCAACACCUUCAACGCUGCUUCCCGGUGCCCAACUUCUUCCACUGAGGACCUCCUCAUGGUGACGUGGAAUUCGCGGGCGCGCCUUUUUUUCCGUUUUUGCCGCCCCAUGCGUGCCAUGGUCAAAGCUCAGCGGAUGCAUGUCACCCCAGUAGCCACUAGUGGCUAGCAGCCGCAUGUCAAAACCCUCGCAUGGCUC